AUGGCCAAAGCUGAAGUAAUUGCUCCUGACAGGAAGUUAUCGCUUGGCGCCUCCGCCCCUUCAAUUCCUGCACCUCCAGACGCGCUUGCCAUGGAAGAACCGGAAAAUGAAGCCAUGCAACAAAAUCGACCUCCGGUCAGCUCAGGAUCAUCGGCGAGCUGUCGUACUGGACCCGGCAGCGACACUUCUUUACUCCGAGAUGACUCUGUAGCUAUCCCUUCAAGAGCUUGGUCGCCACUCUCGUCCAUUCCUUCAGCGGAGCUUUCAGACGAGGAUCCCAACAAGCCCGAUCAAGGAGAUUUAGUAGCCCCUUCACUUGCACAACAACAAAACACCUUGAUAUCUGAACCUGCCGUCGUACACAGCAAUGGGUUGAAUGCUGCCAGUGCCAACCUGCGAACACCGUCAAACAACCCAGACGGGCAGAAACGCAUCCCGUCAUCUUCGAAGAAAUCAUCCUCCAAAGUACCUAAGAAUGGCUCAGUGAAUAAUUUGAUGGCGCGAUACCUAUCAAACCGUUCAAGUUCAGAUAAAGAUUCGACUACACCCGUCAUAGUCGCGCCUGUCGAACAGAAUCACAUCGACGUUCCUCCACCUACGCCUGGCGAUUUUAUCGUACCUCCUCUACCAGGGCAAACCGUCCCUCGCUACAGGAUACCAAAGAAAUCUGCUCUGAUCCCGAAGGACCAACAAGGCUCCUCCCCUCUUUCAGGUAGUGACCCGCUCCAAAUGUCAUCGUAUGAGACUGCAGCAUCUCGGGCGUCAUUAAUUGGAGACCGACAAGGGUCCGAUCCGAUUGGUUUUGAGACUUUCCAUAGCUCCAUCGACACCGCCCACGUCAGUCCACCGACUAUACCUUUAAUCGACGCCUCGCGUGCUGAGGAGGCCUCUUCCCCAAACGCAAAAUGGCCGGUGGUGGUGCCGCAGCGGCAGGCUGCGAAAGAAGCAGAGAAGAGGAUACAUUCACAAUACAAGAAGGAUCCUCGUUGGGAAUGGAAUGAUCUCGAUCAGCAGAUGUCCAGCGUUAAAGCGGAGUCUCUGGAUGAACCCGACAUUCCCACUCCCCCCGUCCGAGUGGGGCCGAAUCCUAUCAGAAGAGCUUUUUGCGCGAAACGCCAGCUUGAGGAGGAUGCGUCAAAACUUCUCAGUCAACCUCAGAAGAAGGCGAAAGCGAUUGUUGAACUGCCGCAAGUUGAAGAGCCGCGCACAGUGCCUACGUGGUCUGAAUGGGUCCCUUAUCCGCCGAUGAGAAACUUGGUGAAAGCGCGGAUUGCUUCCACACGCCGAACCAUGUCCGAACGUUGGACUCACGGGUUCAUUAAGCUCGGCAAAUCUGCUCGACCGUCGGGCAGAAAAUCCGCUACGAAUGUCGACCGGCCACUUCCACACGCACCACCGAGUAUCUGGUUCGACUCUUGGGUCAGUCUCCUCGAAUCUCCUGCUUACGGCAAGACACGAUCGGGUACAAAACUGGGAUCGCGGGAUCUCGCCGGGUAUUCCGCCACUGCGCUGGUUCUCGAGGGGAGAACGGGUCCUGAUUCCAGUUGGGCAGGCAAAACGCUAACCAUCACAGUUCGACGACGUUUGCAGUUUGAACAGCAAACGAAACGCAAUAGCAAGAAAAAGGGCCGCCGAAGCCUUCCAUCUGUCGUUCGCAUGAAGGCACGCCUGAAUAUUGACCAAGCAGGACUUCUUAAUACUUGGUAUUCCAAACAUAGCGUGGAUCUUCUCGUCAAGAGUGAUUUUGAUCUCCUUCCAUUUCAUUUAGAGAAGACAUACGCCCUUUUGGGGUCAUACACAAUCAAGAACGUAUUUAUGGCAAAAGAUGCGGACCCGAUUAAAGAAACCGCCCUGAAGUUCGUAUUUGAAUGGGACGAAGGCACUAACUCGCGACCGCCGUGGUGGAUGACCCCCGAGAUUACGGGGGACGAGCCUUGUCCUCCCUUGACACCGGAUCAUGACAACGGGAUGUUCACAGGGAUAAUGAUAGCGAGGGAGUCCCAUGCGUUGCUUGAACCCGCCGUGGUGUCCGCAGAACAGAAUGCACAACAUUCUGCAGAUAUGGCCUCAGUCUUGUUCGGGACUUCUAAAUCAUGGCACUGUGCAAGCGACUGGCUCAAUCCAACCAAAGGAGGAGUGUUCAACACCACGAUUGACAUCACGAGGGGUGGAUACAUUCUCGAAGCAGCCUCUAUCUACGAUAACACAGUCGAUAUUGGGAGUCUAACUUGGCAACCAAAUAGCGUCCAUUUACGUGAACAAACCUUUCCGGCCCCAGAUUACAUUCUCCAACGGUUCCUUGGAGACCCUCUUCCGAUGGUUCGUGGCUUUAUACCUAACACAUCCUUCAUUUACAGAGAUGACGUCCCGGCAUGGUUCUGUUAUCGGGCAACUUGGAACGAGUUGUACGCAAACGAGUGCGGGGUACAAGCUUGGGGCAGUACACCGUCUGCAGCUGUCGACGCGAUGAAUCUGCUGAACAGGAUGGCGGUCUUGGAUCACAGUCCAAGAUUGUUCUACACGUUGACGACUGUACUCGGUUCUUCUGGGCGAGAGUGCAAAUUUUUGCUGCGGGCUGGUGAUCAAGUCGCGCUUCUUGCGUUGCGCUCACCUGUCCUUAUCCGUUUCGACUUGAAGAACCCGCCUAAGAAACCGAAGACCCCCAGAAAGUCGGCAGUAAAGAAAGUAAUAGUGAUGACGAAGAGUGGGAAGUUCGUACAGAAAAUCGUCCACAAUGAAGAUAUCGCGUCAGUAGAACCGUCAGUCCGGGAAGUGAAAGUGGCUCCGGUGGAAGUGACAAAUAGCGCUGAAGAAAUCCAAACUGAGCCGAAUGACUCCACGGUUGACGUUGGAAUUGAGACGCUUCAGCAAACAGAAACUGAACUAAUGCCUACGUCAGGAAGCCACCCCAUCACUAGCAGCACCCCAAAACGUAUCAAAAGGACGAAUAAGGGGAAGAAGAGCCUGAAAACAGAGAAGAACGUGUCGGGAAUGGGCAAGCCAAAGAAGAGCAAAAGCAGUAUUGUGAAGAGUGGCCCCAAGAGCAAAAUCGUGGGCCCGACCACGAAGGUCAAAGGCGCUAUCAAGACGAAGACAAAAGCCAAACGCCAAACCCCGCGCAAGGCUCCCAAGGCCGCGAAUGGGCCGAAAGUCAAGCGGCCGCAAAUGGCUCUGGAACAUGGACAGAGCGCCAUUAUUAGCACAAGUGUGGAUCUCAUUAUAUGGCUGCAGUGGGAUCAGUGUGGUUUCGUGUGUAUCGGCUCACAUGAUGAUCCCCCUCCUGGGGCACGAGAGCUUGCUCUCGCACCGGACGAGGAACCCGUCAACCCUCCGCGUAAGGAAGCUGCUUCAGGGGAGGUUGACAACCAAAGAGCCUGCAGCAACGAAAUGGAUGCAUCUUUGCACGGAGUUCAUGUUGAGAGCAAAGAUAGCGAAGGGUUUGAUAUGGACAUCUCCGAUACUGAGUCCGACCUGCCAUUGAUGCAGGCUGUCAGCAAGGCCAUGACAGGUAUAUUCAAGCUUUCAGGACAAUCGAUCCAUCCAGACAACUCCAUGAUCGUUUCGCUCCAGGACCAGGAUUCUGUUAUUACCCCUACGAUGCAAGAACUGGAGUUACGGCAGGUUGUCGUCCAGGAAAUGAAGGGCAUGAUUGCCGAACCGCAGAUGUCCCGCAUUGUCCAAGCGGAUAACCUGAAAAGGGCGUCAGAGAGCUCGAUUAAUCGCUUUUUUGCAACUGUUCUCAAUGAUGCCACCCCCGAACUGAUGCGCGAGCCCAGCAGCGAUCAUGGACUGAUGCUCCCGCCCACAGCUUUCGCUCCUUCUCAGCUGAACGGAUAUCGUCCAAUUCUUCGAUUAUCACAGAAUGCGGACGAAGACGGUGGACGAGGGCUCACAUAUGUCCCUCAGGAAGAUCAUGCGAUGUACGAUGAUGAUCCGAUCGAGGAAACAAAUGAUGAUCCGAUUGAGGAAUCUGACGAGGACGCUGAAGGGGAAACAGACCAUGAUGCUGAAGGAGAAACGGACCAUGAUGCUGAAGGGGAAACGGACCAUGAUGCUGAGGGAGAGACGGACGACGACGCACAAGGAGAUAAUGGCAAAAACGAGUUCCCGAACGCAUCUCACCUGUCUGACGAGCGUGUACAAGGGCAACGAUCGACUGUACCUAACUUCGACGAUGAGCAGUACGACCCGAACAGGCGCACUGUGUCACCUGUUAGCCAGUACCUGCACGAACCCUUCCCCUCUGGUAGCUCUAGCGUCUCUGGACCUUCGUACCUGCCUGUCGAACCCUCGUAUGCCCCAGGGUAUCUCCCUGUCAGCAACCAGAACGGCUACUAUGCUUACCCCUCGUAUCCUUACGAAUCGAUUCCCCAAAACUUCCACCAGAUCGGUCUGUCCUUCCCAAGCGAGCAGCGGUAUACCACUCAUUUGGAUCAUGUUGUCCAUCUGACUGAGCCUGAGGACGCCUUCCCUCCACAUGAGGCGAGUGACUACUGGUGA